ACAGCAAAACCUGAAAACCCAUUUCUGUUUUUUUAGAGGAAGUGGGAUUAAAGAAGCGAGCUUUGUUCGAUCUGUUGUUUGUGGGACUUUCCGGGCUUUUAAUUAGCCGAUAAGUUAUAAUAAAUAAUCGUGCAGCAGCUUUACUGGAACCCGCAGAGAGUCCGCGUGCUUUGCUUCCUUAGUCGUGAACAACAAGGGAGAAGUAAACAUGUCGGUGGAACCGAUUCACAUCAAGCUGGAGGCGGCUGGAGAGCCUCCCAGCUCGUUCCCGGUGGUUCUAAAGAAAAUCAUGGAAAUGCCUCCGCCGAACAUUCUGGACGGAGAUGACGACACAGAUAAGGAGAAGCUUGGUCUCGGAGGUAAUGCCGACCUGGCAGGAGGAGGAAGCGACAUGGGUCCUUCAGCCGCUCUGACCCCCGCCAUCUGGGAGAAAACCAUUCCCUACGAUGGUGAGAGCUUCCAUCUGGAGUACAUGGACCUGGAGGAGUUCCUCAUGGAGAACGGGAUCCCAAUAUCAACUGACGACGCCUCCCUAAAGGAAAGCCCAGCAGUAAACGCUGCCAAAACCGAGAAAGUAAAGAGCUCUGCACAGACCAAGCCAGCUGGUGGCGCUCCCGUCACCCUGCUGCCUAUUCCAGAGCUGGAAAGGUGUGAGGAGGAAGUGGUGAUCAUCACAAAGAGUGAUUCAGACGUUACCUGUGAUGUCAGCACAGAGGUGACCACCUCGCAGGAAAGGGCGACCCCCGACCCCAUUGACCCAGACGAGAUCGAAGUCGACGUGAACUACGAGCCGGACCCCACAGACCUGGUCCUGUCCAGCGUUCCUGGAGGCGAACUGUUCGACCCGCGCAAACACAAGUUCAGCGAGGAGGAGCUGAAGCCUCAGCCUAUGAUUAAAAAGGCCAAGAAAGUGUUUGUCCCUGAAGAACAGAAGGACGACAAGUACUGGCAGAGGAGGAAGAAGAACAACAUGGCUGCCAAACGGUCACGAGACGCUCGCAGAUUAAAGGAGAACCAGAUCACAGUCAGAGCCGCUUUCCUGGAGCGUGAGAACUCUGCGCUGCGGCAGGAGGUCGCCGAACUGCGGAAGGAGUGCGGCCGAUACAAGAACGUCGUGGGUCGCUACGAAGCCAAAUACGGACCAAUUGCGGUGCCAGAUGACGAGUAGACAUCACUUGAUUUAUUCAUUUAUUUUACUCUGAUGAAUCAAUAAAUCAAAGCGCUGGCUGUGGCACGCAAGAAUCGAUCCCAUGACGUCGAAGGCAGGAUGUGACAUUGCCAUGGAGAUGUAAAAUGUUAAGAUAUCAUCUUUUUUUUUUUUAUUUGUUUCCACCUUUAAUGGAUGAGGUGAAUGUAGGUGGAUAAGUGCUUCUUUAGCGCUCCUUUGUUGUUGGGGUGCUCUUAUUACUAUUAUGUUUUGUUUUGUACGAUUGUUGCCUGAAAGAGAUCAUAUCGUGACUUUUAGGUUUUUAAGUGCAUCCUUUGAAGUUUUGGCAGUCGAUGCCCUGGUUUAGAUUAGAUUAGAUGUCUCAGAGACCAGAUUGUUCUGAGGAUCUGGGCUCAUCUUUAAAUCAAUCUGACUGUGACUCUUCCAGUAAUCAAGCUUCAGGGGAUUUCAGUGACACAGCAAAAAAAGAAAA